AAUCUCAAUCAAUAGAUAAGAUUCAAAGAAGACUUUGCGGCAGCCGCAUCGACUCAAUAUGCAAAGCUUUCUCGUCCUCCUGUGCCUCGCCUCUGUUGCUCUCGCUGCUCUGAACGAUGAAUGCGACCCGAAUGUUGCCGAAACGUGCGACUUCAAACACAGCGUUUGUGCGCCAGUGGAAAAUUCUUGCAAAUGCGUUUGUCUGCCAAAGUACACGCCGGACGAGACUCUGACGUCCUGCGUAGGAGCUCUCGGACGAAAGUGCGUCGGCAAAUCGUGUCAGUCGAUUCCGUACGCGGUGUGCGACGGCCUGGACGGCGACUACACGUGCAAAUGCCACUUCAACUACGUCGACUCGGAGGACAAGACGGUGUGCCAAGUGCCCAGCAUGAUGGACCGAUGUCUUGAGCACCCUCAGUGCCGCCGAUUCCACGCGAAGGCCACGUGCGUCGCCGAACGAUGCGUUUGCCCCGAAAACACCGUCCAGAACAAACAAACCGACCAAUGCCUUCCCAUGAUCGCUCUCGGUGAGGCGUGCGUGGAAAAUGACCAGUGUCCGGAGAACGCCGAGUGCCUCAAGAAAACCUGUCAGUGCGCGAGCAAACACUACAUUGAAAUUUCAGUCUUGGGUGAACAAAAGUCUUGUCUUCCAGUUGCCAAUGUGGUGGGCGACGCGUGCCAGUUUGACGACCAGUGCACUGCAAACCUUGGCUCGCCCCAAUCUGUGUCCUGCGGCCCCAAUUCCAAAAAGUGCAAAUGUUCCGACAAUUUCGUAGAGUCAAAGGACAAGACGUCUUGCCUGAAAAAGGCUUCUGAAGGCGAAUCUUGCACCCAAAACCAGCAAUGUCCAGAAGUUUGCAACUUCCCUGUUUGCAGUCCAGCGAAUCAAGAUUGAUGCAAGAUGGUUUUAAUUUUAAUGCAGCCUAAUGAUGGAAGUGAACAAAAUAAACUUUUGAAAGCAUAAAUAUAAUCUUAUUGGC